AUGGGCUCGACCGUCGAAUCGGCGCCGCCCACCGGCCUCAAGCACGACAUUCUCCUGGUAGUCGUUCCGUUCCCGGCAGACGAGAAAUGGAUGGCCAAGCUCAGGGAACAGCAUCCGGGGCUCGAGGUGCGAUGGGUCCAGCAGCCGCCCGCGCUUGAGAUCGACCCCCCCCUCCCUAAGGAGACCUACGAUGGGGUCACCCUGUUGUGCACCCUCGCGUCCCACCCAUAUGAAAUGCUGCAGAAGGUCCGCUUUGUCCAGCUGCUGUCUGCGGGGGCCGACAGGUGGGUGGGCUCCGAGCUGUACAAGAAGCCAGAUGUCACCUUCUGCACGACGAAUGGCGCACAUGCCCCCCAGAUCGCGGAAUGGGUCAUCGGCACGUGGUUGAUGAUGAACCACCAUUUCAUCGACUACGCCGAGGAGCAGAAGAAGGCCAAGGCCACCCGUUUGAUGCAUCUCAACGUCUACGACUCGCCCGGCCUGCGCAUGGGCGUCCUCGGCUACGGGUCGAUCGGGCGGCAAUGCGCGCGGCUGGCCCAGGCGCUGGGCAUGGAGGUGUACGCCUACACGCGCACCGAGAAGGCAACGCCUGAGUCGCGCAAGGACGACAGCUACUGCGUCCCCGGGACGGGCGACCCGGACGGCCUGAUCCCCGCGAAAUGGUUCCACGGCGCUUCCAGGGAGGCAGUCAACGAGUUCCUCGCCCAGGACCUCGACAUCGUGGUGCUGAGCCUGCCGCUCACCGAGUCGACCAAGAAGAUCCUCGGGCGCGAGCAGUUCGACAUCCUGUCCAAGAAGAAGACUUUUGUCUCGAACAUCGCCCGCGGCGAGCACAUCGACACGGACGCGCUGCUGGACGCGCUGCGCGAGGGCAAGAUCAGGGGCGCCGCGCUGGACGUGACCGACCCGGAGCCGCUGCCCGACAACCACCCGCUCUUCACCGCGCCCAACAUCUUCAUCACGUUCCACAUGGCCUGGCAGUCGCCGCAGCUAUUCCCGCGCGUUCAGGAUAUCGCCGAGAAGAACCUGAUGAGCCUGAGCAAGGGCGAGCCGCUGAUGAAUGCCGUAAACCGCGAGCACCAUUACUAA